GCAUCAAGAAACAAAUAUUGUAUUGGUGAAGUUAAGAAAGCAAAAUUAAGCCAAAGCAAGAAUUCCCCACCUUUCCUUUUAGUAUAUAUAAACAUCUAGAGCUUAAAGAACAGUCCUAUGAUCUAUUUCAUUAAGCUAUAUAGAGGGGGGAAAUAUAUUCAUCUGCCAAGCUCAAAUUCGUAUCCGAAUGCCAUGAUUUCUCUUUACCAAGUCUAUCAAGUGGUUGCAGCCACAGUACCAUUAUACGUGGCGAUGAUCCUAGCCUACAUUUCUGUGAAAUGGUGGAAACUGUUUACACCAGAUCAAUGCUCAGGCAUCAACAAAUUUGUUGCCAAAUUCUCAAUUCCUCUAUUGUCUUUCCAGUUGAUCGCUUCAAGCAAUCCGUACAAGAUGAACUUGAGGUUAGUAGGUGCUGAUGUUCUUCAAAAAAUCCUAGCAUUUCUUGUGUUAGCAGUAGUGAUAAAAUGGAGCUCUAGAGGAAACCUCAAGUGGAUGAUAACUGGCAUUUCUUUGUCAACAUUGCCUAAUACAUUGAUUCUCGGAAUUCCAUUAAUAAAAGCCAUGUAUGGGAAUGAAGCUGCUGGGCUUCUUGUCCAGAUUGUUGUGCUGCAGAGCUUUAUUUGGUAUAACAUACUAUUGUUUCUGUUCGAGCUCAGUGCCACGAGAGAAGCCUAUGUCACGCCAUCUCCUGAAGUUGCAGAAGAGCUGGAGGCAGCCCGAGAAGAAGAAGAAGAAGAGACAGAAGGGAAAAAGAGAAGUCCGAGCAAAAAUGUACUGCCACUAGUGCUUUUAACAGUAGGGAAGAAGCUUAUAAGCAAUCCAAACACUCAUGCAUGUUUAGCUGGCCUCAUUUGGGCAUUAAUAAAGUUCAGGUGGGGAUUACAUUUGCCAAAGAUUGCUGAUAAAUCAGUCACUAUAUUGUCAGAUGGAGGACUUGGAAUGGCAAUGUUCAGCCUUGGGUUGUUCAUGGCAUCUCGAGCUGGAAUCAAAUCAAGUGAGAUACGAAGGGUCGUGUUGGCCUUAUCAUUGAAGUUCUUGGCAGGACCUGCUAUAAUGAUAGCUUCCUCCUACGCUAUUGGACUAAGGGGAACUGUGCUUAAAAUGGCUAUUGUCCAGGCAUCUCUUCCCCAGGGAAUAGUCCCAUUUGUAUUCGCCAAAGAGUAUAAUGUGCAUCCAGACAUAUUGAGCAUCGGGGUCAUAUACGGGUUGCUGUUGGCAUUGCCUGUUGCAUUGGCCUACUACUUUCUGUUGGAUUUAUGAGGCAUGCUAGCUGGUGAAGAAGAUCGGAUUUGCUGAUCAGUUAAUCACACAAGUCCCUAAUUCAACUGACUUCUAAAUAGAGCCUGAGACGAGUAGUACUAACUCAUAUGCACACAUUUUUUUUGUCUUACUGCGAGCUAGCUUCCCCAGACCUUAUGUUUUUAAUACAGUAUUACGACUAUUUAGCAAGUAAUAUGAUGCACUUUGGUGACCAUACAGUCUUGUUCAACCAAAUGCACAGCAAUUGAAAAUUUAUUGUACAUCAGUCGCUUGUAUAACCCUGUAUUUGGUGUUUAUGAAAUAAAUAGUGUUGCACAUUGUGAAAAGUCUUUAUUCUUGAAUUUUGAUCUCCAGUUAUUUAUCACCUUCAAAGAAC